GCCAAACCAACAUACUCACCAAUCAGCCUCUACACCAGAUAUACACUCCAACGCAAAAGCAUGCGAUAAUUAAUUUCCACUCCAACCAAUACACAAAACACCCACCAUACACUCAGCCAAAACCCACCACGAAAGCAACACAAUGACACUCCUACCACCAACAACAACAACAACGUCAACAACCCAAAUCCCCCAACAUGUAACCGCUCUCCUCUCGCACCUCACCUCCCGCCCCGGCGUCCAAUCCACCUUCAUCCUCUCCCGCAAAGACGGCUCCAUAAUCCAGAGUACCGGACUGUAUGCGAAACCGCCAUCUCCUUCUCCUUCAAGUGCAGCUGCAGCUGCGGCGCAGCAAUCACCGCGCACAGAGACCAUCUCCGCACCUGUAGACGGAACCGAGCCGCAGACUGAAACUGAAGCUGGAACUGAGCCCGCGCCCACCGAAACGGAUGCUGCUCAACCCCCGACUACGAAACAGCCACAGCAACAGCAGCAGAAAAAAGAAGAGACAACGCAACCGUAUCAGCCGUCGCAGGGCGAGGCUCUGGCGGCGCAUAUCUUUGCGUUUGUGGCUAGUGCGUCGGAACUUAGUCUUGCGCUGUCUGGGGCGGAGGAUGAUGGGGAUGGGGAUGGGGUUGUUAGACAGGUGGAUGGUGGGGUUUCUGGGGAUGGAGGAAGUGGCUCUGGUGCUGGUGCUGGUGCUGGGGAGAAGGAAGAGGGCGAUGAUGAGGUCAAGUUGUUAAGGUUGAGGACGAAGAGGCAUGAGAUUGUUGUCGUGCCGGAUAGGAAGUUUUUGCUUUGUGUGGUGCAUGAUGCGCAUCAUGGGGGUGUUGGGGCUGGUGCGAGUGGGGGUGCGGCUGCGGGGAGGAAGUAAUUGGUAUUACUCAUGGUUUGGUUUGGGGCUGGUUAAUGGAUGUUGGUAGGUAGGGGGUGACGGUGGUGGUGAUUGAUGAAUGGAUGGAUGGAUAUACCCGGAGUGUUUUUUCGUGUGUCUUAGGGUUAGUGAUGGUGGUGGUGGUAGUUUACUUCUUUGUGUAUGUUGUUGAAUGUACAGGUUUAAUUUGUGAUUCUGUUCAUGCAGCGGUACUUCACUGGUUGGGAGAGUCUCGACCUGAGUCUGGA